AUGUCUGGGAACCAGGCAUUGAACGUUAAUAGUGUGGUGGCACAACAUGCCGACCUCGAAAUUACCGUCCACGCGUCAGACUGGUACUUUGCAGUGUGCGCUGUGAUGGGCGUCUCGACCCUCGUCUUCAUGGGCAUGGCGAUGACCAAGCCUCAGACACAUCGCCUCUUCCACUACAUUACUGCUGGUAUCACGGCUGUGGCCUGCAUCGCCUACUGGUCCAUGGGUUCUGACCUGGGUCAAGUCCCCAUCCAGGCCGAGUUCAUCCGACCCGGCACCAUCACGAACGCCGCCGGCACGCGGGAGAUCUUCUACGUUCGAUAUAUUGACUGGUUUGUCACGACGCCUCUCCUGCUCACCGACCUCCUCCUGACGGCCGGCGUUCCGUGGCCUACGCUCUUGAUCACCAUCCUGGCCGACGAGAUCAUGAUCGUCACCGGUCUGGUCGGCGCCCUUACCCAGACCUCGUACAAAUGGGGCUACUGGGUCUUUGGCAUGUUCGCCUUCUUCUUCGUCGUGUACGAGCUUGUCGUCGACGCCCGCCGCCACGCCAGUGCCCUCGGCGGUACCAUCAGCUCCACCUUCGUCCGAUGUGGUGUCCUGACCAUCUUCCUCUGGUUCCUGUACCCCAUUGCCUGGGGCCUGUCCGAGGGUGGCAAUGUCAUCCACCCUGACUCCGAGGCCAUCUUCUAUGGUAUCCUCGACAUCUUUGCCAAGCCUGGUUUCGGCAUUCUCCUCCUGCUUGGUCACAACAAGAUUGACCCGGCCGCGCUUGGCCUCACUAUCCGCCAGGCCGACCACACCCGUGAGAAGGCUUCCCACCCGACCACCGGUACGUACGACAAUGCGCACAAUGGAACUCACAACGGUACUCACACUGGUACCCACAAUGGCACCCAUAAUGGUACCUCUGCCGUGUAA